AUCAGCAUUCAGGGCUCGAACCACCCAGUUUAUAAAUAUAUAUAGGUCAUUUUCUAGAACCAACUCGUUGCAACUGAACUCACAUAAAUCCUGCAUAGUGGCAUCAGACAGUGGCAAGAUUUGGACUACAGACACAAAACUACAGAACAGGCAGGGCAUCGGACGCGUGAACGCGCAUGUAGCCAACUCUCCUUUCACGGCGCCCCUGCAAUCUUGGGCUCGAGGACCCCGGAGAGUGUAGGGGCGGGGCUCGGGUUAGGGGUUGAUGGGGCUGGAGGAGGCGGAGUCACGACAGUCCUGCCAGGGCCGCCAUUUUUGCAAAGGGAAAAGAGACAGGGUAGAGGGGAUCUAAUUUCCAACAGUCGGCGUAGGCCUUGUGGAUGCACUUAGAUGUCUGCAAUGAGUGCUGUGGCUGGCAUGCCUCAGUGUUUUGGACUCCCGUGCUCUGGACUCAGUAGGACAAGAAUUGAUCAGCAGAGAACGUCAUGAGCAUAGUGAUCCCUGUAGGGGUGGACACAGCAGACACCUCAUACCUGGAAAUGGCUGCAGGCUCAGAACCAGAAUCGGUAGAGGCCAGCCCUGUGGUGGUGGAGAAGUCCAGCUACCCGCACCAGAUCUACAGCAUUAACUCUCACCACUCCCACAGUUACAUUGGGCUGCCCUACGCCGACCACAACUAUGGGGCGCGCCCCCCGCCCACGCCCCCGGCCUCCCCUCCCCCCUCCAUGCUGAUCCAGCCGGGCGAGGGGCUGUUUGUGCCGGGGGGCCUGCAGGACGAGGCGUCCAGGGGCACCACACUCAGCACCUCGGAGGAUGGCAGCUACGGGGCUGACAUCACCCGCUGCAUCUGUGGCUUCACCCAUGACGACGGCUACAUGAUCUGCUGCGACAAGUGCAGUGUGUGGCAGCACAUAGACUGCAUGGGGAUCGACAGGCAGCACAUUCCUGAGACGUACCUGUGUGAGCGCUGCCAGCCGCGCAGCCUGGACAGAGACCGGGCCAUCAUGCUUCAGACCCGCAAGAGGGAGAACAUGUCCGACGGGGACACCAGUGCCACAGAGAGUGGGGACGAGGUGCCGCUGGAGUUGUACACGGCCUUCCAGCACACACCCACCAGCAUCACACUGACCACCGGCCGCCUGGCAGGCAACAAGCAGGCCGACAAGAAACGCAAGAGGAGCGGAGACAAGGAGCCGGCCCGAGCCAAGAAGGCGUUCCGUGAGGGCUCCAGGAAAUCCUCCAGAGUAAAGGGUGGCGCUCCAGACAUGGAGCCAGGGGAGCACCCAUCUCUGUGGGAGAACAAGAUGAAGGCCUGGAUGGAGGCCUACGAGGAGGCCGGCAGCAACCAGUACAGCGAGGACGUCCAGAUCCUGCUCCGCGUCAAGGAGGCCGGCGACGGCAAGACCCUGGCCUACAACACACGCACGGCCGCCUUCAAACCACCUGUGGAGAGCCAGGUUCAGAAGAAUAAGAAGAUCAUGAAGGCAGUGAGGGACCUGGCUCCAGACUCCCUCAUCAUAGAGUACAGGGGCAAGUUCAUGCUGCGACAGCAGUUUGAGGCUAACGGAUGCUUCUUCAAGAGGCCGUACCCUUUUGUGUUGUUCUACUCAAAGUUUGACGGUCUGGAGAUGUGUGUGGACGCCCGCAGCUUUGGCAACGAGGCCCGCUUCAUCCGACGCUCCUGCACCCCCAACUCUGAGGUGCGUCAUGUAAUAGAGGAUGGUAUGCUCCAUUUGUACAUUUACUCUUUGAGGUCCAUCACCAAAGGCACCGAGAUCACCAUAGGCUUCGACUAUGACUAUGGCUGCUGUAAGUACAAGGUGGACUGUGCGUGUGUGAGGGGGAACCCAGAGUGCCCGGUGCUGAAGCACAACCUGGAGCCCACUGAGAACCUAGGGGCCAGCAGCCGCCGGCGGGGCCGCAAGGACAAGGAGCCCAUGAUGCAGCGAGGGGACCACCUGGACCUGGGCCAGAACCAGAACAUGACCCUGGACUGUGACGGCAGGGCCAAGGGCCUGGGGGCCGACGGCAAGCAGAGGAAGCUAUCACCCCUCCGCCUCUCCAUCUCCAACAACCAGGAUCCGACAGAGUUAGAGGAUGUAGAAGACCAACCUGAUAACUCGGUUAGCAGUGAAGUAGAGAUGGAGUCAGAGGAGACCAUUGCAGAGAGAAAGAGGAAGAUGGCCAGCCCAGCGGAGGAGUCCCAUCUGCACGGCGUGGGGGCCUCCAGCUGUCUGGGACUGAGUAAACCGGAGACCCGUGAAGAGAGGAAGAUGGAGGCCAUCCUGCAGGCCUUUGCCCGCAUGGAGAAGAGGGAGAAGAGGCGGGAGCAGGCCCUGGAGAGGAUCGGCACCAAGUCAGAGGGGGGCAUCAAGGAGGAGCCCCCUGCCACCCCCGAGGCCGACAUGCAGUCUCCUAGUAUCAUGACGCCCCUGCUAGAGGUGAAGGAGGAGCCGGGUCUCAACAAGCCCACGCCGGCCAAGCUGCGAGGCAGCAAGCAGAGGAAGAGCUUCUCGCGGAGCCGCACCCACAUCGGGCAGCAGCGGCGGCGAGCGCGCACCAUCAGCACCUGCUCUGACAUACCUCCCGGCUCGCCCGGGGAACUCCUGGACCCCCUGGCCAAUGACGGCCCAGACGGAGAGGCCUCCAGGGACCCCGAACCAGAGGCCCUCUCCUCCCAUGCCCCCGACACCAGCCCCCCUUACAGUGGCUCCCCGGCCCCCGACAGAAACCGCUCCGGGCAGAAGUACCCCAAAACGAAAAAGCACUUAGUGAGUGAGUGGUGCGUCGACAAGCAUGAGCGCUUAUUGCGGACCCCAGAGCCGGCCCCAGAGAGGCCCCUGAGGAUCAGCAGCGACCCGGAGGUGCUGGCCACCCAGCUCAACGCCCUGCCCGGCAUGGGCCCCAGCCCGCACGUCUACAGCACGCCCAAACACUACGUCCGCUUCUCCUCACCCUUCCUGGCCAACCGCAGCCCCACCACCCCUGGGGUGCCCACCGGACGCCGGCGCUCCCGCGAGCUGCCCGACACGCCACCCACCACAGGCUCCUGCAAGAAGCGCUGGUUGAAGCAGGCUCUAGAGGAGGAGACCACCACCCCUCCACCAAGCAGCGGCCAGCCCACCCUGGUCAUGCCCAGCGAGGGCCCUCUCAGCCCCCCUAUCAACGGGGACUCUGACAGCCCCCUCCCCUACAACGGCUGCUGCACCUUGCCAGGUGAGGACUCUGAGUUGCCCACUCCUCUGAAGAAGCGGCGUCUGGGUAUGUGUCCGCUGGAAGCCUGCAUGUCAGAGAGCUCCACACCCUACGGCUCUCCCUGUGCCACGCCAACCCGGGCCGACCUAUCAGAGACGCCGGGUACGCCCCUCCAGCUGGCCACGCCGCCCCGCAUCACCCGUACGGAGGAGCCGAGCCCCGAGCCUCUACCCAGCACCCCCACACACACACUCAGUGCCCCGCAGGAAAGCGAGUCUUCCCUGGACAGCUCACCGGAGGGCAGUCGCAGACCCAGCACCCAAGAGGCUGAGCUGCCCCCUUCGCUGCUCUCCUCCCCCUGUGUAGCGGUCAGGGCUCCCAGUCUGGACGUACUGCCCCCCCUUGAGGCCAAGGCCAGUGCCCCCCUGAGCCCCCAGCCCCCCACCGCUGAGUCCCAGGACUGUGGGGGAGAGGAGGGGCCAGAGACUGGGACAGGGGCCGAGGACAGCAGCGAGGCCCCCUCCUCCUCCUACAGACCCAGCCUCAUCCUCCCUCCUUCCCCCCUGGAUGAAGAGUCCAGAGAGAGUAGGUCUGUCAGGGCCAGGGGGUCUGUCAUUCUCCCCCAUCAACUCUAACCUGAGGGACCUUACCCCCUCACACACUCUGGAGCCCAUCUUGGCCUUCAGGCCUGAGGUGGUGGCUGUGGCCGGGGCUGGU